AUGCAACCAAAUCACUACGACUUACUGGGUCAGGUGCGCGAUCCUAGAGCCGCAAGUCGGAUGACGCACGAUAGCCAUCAGCCGCUUCGAGAUAACGGUCAGCCCCAGUCAUCUGCUGCGACGCCCAUGAGAUCAGAGGACUCAUGGAUCGACGUGUCCUCGCAACCGUCCUCUUCCUCGAUCUCCUCUGCUGCCACCAAUGAUGAUAUAAUAACUACCGGAUUGCGGGUUGAACAGGGAGAGGCGGGGGCAUGGCCGCGUCGUACCCGGCGACGUCGUCUCCAACACCUUGCUGCUAUUACAACGGCGCUGGUGGACUACUCAUCGCGAGAUAACAGCCAAGCUACUAGCAGCCAAGAAGAAUAUGAGGAGAGUGAAAGCGAGUCCGAUCGGGCUCUCAGCAGUUCAAACGAAGAUAUGGGUCGCCCACCGCUCCCAUCUGCGCUGUCUGCGCGCUCUGCACCACGCUCGUCGAGUUCCAACGCCACCUCUAGCGAUGAUGAAGAUGAUACUUCCACUGCCUUGGGGAUGGGUAUCAGUCCAUCACCUUUUGUCCCUCAGCCUAAUAUUUUCACACAUCCACCAGCCACGUCAGAACCUGGGUGGUCUGCUCGUCGUCCUCAACACAAUACUGCGUCUAACUCCAGGUUGCCUCGUAGAGAAUCAUACCCCAGUCCACAGCAACCGCGGAGAUCUCAAUACCAGCACAGCCCUUACAACAUGUUCUCUCCCUCUCAUCAUGCCGACCAUGAUGCUGCCCUUCGUGCCAGUCUAUCAACGCUUCUUUCAUGUGCCGCUGCCGCCAGGGGUCUGCCGAAAAGUGAUAACCAUACAUCACCCUCUCCAGCUCCUCACUCGCGAAAUACCCAUCCAGCUUCAUUCCGGUUAGUAGGGGAGUCAGUGGCUAUGGGCGAAGAAAGCAGCGACGAAGAGGCCCAAUCCUCACCGCGGCACCCAGAGACAAGUCCAUCGAUAGGAGAACCACCGAGACAUAUGAACGUGCCAACAGUGCCUCUUGGUGCAGCUGGCGGCAAAGCAAAGCGCCGGUCGAGUUCAUCCAAAGACCGCAGUGGUACCUCGAAGAAGAGCCGCCGCACCAGCAUGACGGACUCAAACGCUCCUGUCAAUCCCACAAUCAUGACAUGGGUCCUCAGCGCCGGGGUUGUCGUUUUGUUUUCAGCCAUCAGUUUCUCUGCUGGAUACAUGCUCGGUCGCGAGGUUGGGCGCACCGAGGUCGGUAUGAUGGGUGAUGGUGUUCCCGGUCCUCGUUCUUCUGCGGCAUGUGGCCAAGAAGCAGUACGCGGUGGACUCCGGAAGCUGCGAUGGGGAUCUGCGGCUGCAGGGUCUGCUAGCCUUGCGUCGAUGUAA